AUGGCCGACAUCACUGAUCAACACGACCAAACGUCGCCCACCGAACUUGAGGACGCGCAUACCGUCGGCAACGGCAACAACAAUGUCGGCGAGACCCGCGGUAUCAAGCGCGCCCGCCCUAGCACGGCCGACGACGACGAUGAUGACGACGAGAAGGGCGGUCGCGAGCGCCGCAAGAUCGAGAUCAAGUUCAUUGGUGACAAGUCGCGCCGCCACAUCACCUUCUCCAAACGCAAGGCUGGCAUCAUGAAGAAGGCCUACGAACUGUCAGUUUUGACAGGCACCCAAGUGCUCCUUCUCGUGGUGUCCGAAACCGGUCUCGUUUACACCUUCACCACCCCAAAGCUACAACCUCUUGUCACCAAGGCGGAGGGCAAGAACUUGAUCCAGGCUUGCCUCAACGCCCCCGAGCCCCCUGCUGGGGACAACGGGCUGGCACGGCAUAUCCGCCAUCUCCCCGAUCGCGAGUUGAUAUUCGUGCACAUGUCGCUACAACGCACCACGGCGAGCCAGUCGCACAUGCUUCUUGCGGGAAAGAAUGAAGUGGGCGCUUGGUUCUGGAGGCUAGAGACCAAGGAAAGUAACUCGUUGGCACUCGCUUGGGGGAGCUAG